AGGAAUCUGAGCUUAUAAAUGCCGAUUUCUCUCUUUUAUCGUUCGUAAAAAAUGCCUGUAGAAACGGAUACGGUUCAAUCUACUGCACCAUAUAAAGUGACUCAAAAACCUGUAGUAGAAGAUACCAUUCUGCAGGACAGUAGUGAAGGUUGCUUUACAGAAAAAGAGGUUGAGGGCGAGGAUGAGGACAACAUUCACCCCUUAGCUCGCACUGUUGUCAAGGUUGCACCUCGAUCCAGGAAACCUCAAGUUGAGGAAGAGAUUAUCAAUACCAACAGCCCGAAAGUCGAUACUCGAUCACCAUAUAAUAUACCAGCCAAGGUUGCUCAAAUGACUACCAUUCGGGAACCAAAGACUGACGCUUUUACACUACCACUGCCCAGCCACAUGGCCGUUUUACUUGCAAAUUUCAAUGCGUUUGAAAACCUUUUAAUAUUCUCAAAGAGACAAGGACGUCCAUGUUUCUAUCAUAGAUUGAAGAGGCAUGUUGAACUUCAUUCAUCAAGAAACUUUGAGAUCAGUCAUCUAGCGCAAUUCAAGACUCUUCUGCCGGAAGGCUACAGGUUCACAGCAGCACCAUGUAUGGUCGACGGUGUCAAGACACGAUCUAUUUUCAUCGAGAUGCUUAACUUGGAGGAUGAAUCUAACCAUUUUGUACCGCAAGCUGAAAAAAGAAAGAAGUUAUUUUUGGAGCGCCUCCACAACCAUGUCAAAGCAUUUCAUCAGAAAUUCCUUACAUCUACAACACCGCCACGGACGGAUACAUACCCUCGGAGCUGGCAUCCUGAGUUUGAUUUGGAGAGUGUAACACCAGUUGAGGAAUCUGAAGUGCCACUAUUGAAGCCAGCUGUAAUUGAUGUGUGGAAGGUGGACCUCAAGGAUCUGAGGAGUCAGAACCAUGUUAGACAGCAAGAAACCAAAACCGAAGUGCCGGCUAGCACUACAUCUGAUGUAGAAGAAAAAAAAUCUGUUGCUUCUGCAGAGUCAGACAAAAAUGACACUACUUCCAUUCCAACUACGACUACGACUCCUAUCACUGAUACUUCAUCCGCUACGAAGCCUCUUACAGCAUUGGAGCAACUCAAAGAACGGAUUCGACUGAAGCAACUGGAGAUGAAGGAGGCUAGUAAAACUCUUGCAAGUCCGGAAGAAAAGCAUGAACGACUCAUUGCAUCUCGAUUGCCAAACGUAUUCGAUUUAGUCCGAUUUAAGCGUGUAGAUGUGACGCCGCUCAAGUCACUAGUGGAACUAGUCGUCAAGAGUUCAAGGAUGCCUAUUUCAGAGGUUGAAGGGAGAGAAAGUUUAGAAAUGCUGGCCAAAUUUCUACCAGAAUGGUGCACCGUCUUUUCGUUGGCGGAUGGGUGCCAGUACUUUAAAGUUCUAAGAGACAAUGAGAAGGGCGAAAAAAUCGCACACGAUGAGAGAGCAUUGAGGGCACGACUGGUAUCGAAGAGUUCACGCAAGCCCUAGACUGAUUGUGUAUUCAACCCUUUCCAUCAAGUAUUAAGCAUGCUGAAAUGGUAGUUAUGUAGUAAUGUAGUAUUAAUAUCCUUUAAACUGGAAGGCCUUACGGCAGUUAAAUAAUGGAUCGCUUAUUGCUUUCUAAUUUGGUCAAAUUGGCCUAGGACAUUUUCAAGGAUAAAUGUCGUUCAAUGUAGAUAUUCUCUUUUAGAGGGUCCUGAGAUUCAAUAAUUUUCCCUAUGCCUGAGAUACUAUCCUCGGCAUAGUACGUCCUCUCGUCAUUUCUGCGAACUGGGCUACUUUAUCAGCAUUACAUUGAUGUAAGCAGAUUACCUC